ACGAAAUACUUCUGGCAACUCUGCACUUUGUUUUUCGUGUUUUCCGCCAAACAUGAAGCAUUUGCAAAACAUAAACAAAUCGUUUUUACCGUUAUCACGUGUAAAUUCCUUUUUAUAUCUAUAUUACAGUUCGAAUACAACGCAAAAGCUGUACCAUUUGUAAAUUUGAUGAAUUAUAUUAUUUUCUAUUUAAAUAUACUAUCAAAAGUGAGAUACAAUGAAUGGUCACUUCAAGAUACCUAGCGUAGUGAAAAACGGGAAGCGCUUUCCGCCACGAACGGCCCCGCCAGUAAACCUUCACGAUGCGCAACUUCUUUCCCGCUUGGAAAGAAGCCCUAGGCGGAAUGUUGCUCCGCAACCCAAAAUUGGCAAUAGCGUCGAACGAAAGCUCAUGGACAUGGACGAAACGUUACUCAAUGCCGUCGAUCUGGCAGCGAUUGAGAAGAAAUCUCUCGCGACCCAGAAAAGAAAACCUACAAGUUUAAAUGGAGUUACUUCUGAACCGCCGGUAGUAUCUUCUCCGAGGAGAAAAAAACCACGGAUAAGCGAUAAUAUCAUUGUGCUGGAUAUGUGCCCCAAGAGAUCCAAUAAAAAAUCGCACUCUUUGGAACAGGACAUUUCUCGGCUGGAUCAAAAAAGCAAUGAUUCCAACAUCUUUUCAAAGGGCCAAUUUUCCAUGCAAAGACUGCAAUCUACGACCUUCCCACCACAGAACAAAAAAUCGUCUCUUCUAGCACCGUCACGAUUAUCUGCCGUAGCAGGACCAUCCCGUUCCCUGCCUAGUACGGUAGUUGCCCGAAAAGAAACCUCUUUAGAGCUGUUUCCUUGGGAUUCGCAUAUGUUCGAAUCGCAAGUAGAACGAAUAGUUGACGGUUUACCAACGGCGCCGGAAGAAGCUGAUGAUGUUGCCAAAGACGUAGACGACGAAGAGGUAUUUCCCUGCUAUCAGCCGGCAGAUAACAGUAGCCAGAUUUUUCUAGAUGAGGUAGACCGGAUGGGCAAGAUGGCGGUGACCCAUGUCGGUACGCCGUUAAAAUCAAACGAAACAUUUUCGAUUAAGAAAAAUCCUCUGCUCUGUUCCCAGUAUAUCCGGCUAGAGCGGUCGAUGCGGGAAGAAAACCAGGCCAAUGUUAUCGAUGACGAGGUGAACUCUCAGCUGGCACAGGAAUUCGAUUCCACCCAGCAGCGAAAGGAUAUCGAAAGUGUGUACCGGCAGUGCGAGCGUACCCUGAUCGACACCAGUAACAUUCAGCUGGAAGAACCACCGCCAACGGCGAUGGAUGCGGUCGCGGAAGUUGUUGCAGACAUUAAUUGGGAGGAAGAAGUGACGCUGAUAGGGGGGAUGAAAAGUCCCGCAGCUAGGAAGGCCGAUGAAAAAAGUUUGUUGAACAGUAUUUUCAAAAAAAGGAACUCGCUUGGUGCUUCCGAGCGCGUCGGAUCGCCGAAACUUACCGCUCGCAAAUCAGCUCCGCUGGUUUCUUCGCACUUUCAGGACAAGGGACCCUUUUUUGGACUGCCUAGUAAGGUUAAAGCGCUUUUGCGUACGUACAAAGGGAUUGAGGAACUGUAUGAUUGGCAAAAGGAAUGCCUUGGGCUUCACGCAAUCGUGGAGCGGAUGAAUCUGAUUUAUGCGCUGCCCACUAGCGGAGGUAAAACUUUGGUCGCAGAGAUUUUGAUGUUUCGCGAAGUGAUGCUGCGACAGAAGAAUACCAUGUUUAUUGUGCCGUACGUUUCUUUAGCCCAGGAGAAGAUAGCCUCCCUAUCGCCGUUCGCCGUGUCAUUGGACUUUCUGGUGGAGGAGUACAGUGGCGGUAAGGGGACGAUUCCUCCGCGGAAGCGGAGAAAGAAACAGUCUAUUUUCGUGUGCACAAUCGAGAAAGCUCUCGUUCUGCUGAACAGUCUGAUUGAAACGAACCGAGCAACGGAGAUUGGCCUGGUGGUCAUCGACGAGCUGCAUAUGAUCGGGGAAGAGCGGCGGGGAGCCCAUUUGGAGAUUCUACUGACCAAAAUACAAGCAAUCGAAGCGGGUAUCCAGGUGGUAGGAAUGAGUGCCACGAUUGGAAAUUUGAAUGAAAUUGCCAAGUUCAUAUCGGCUGACAUUUACUGUCGGGAUUUUCGUCCUGUAGAACUGAAGGAGUACGUUAAGUGUGGCAAUGAUCUGCUCGAGAUCAACAACAAGGCUGACCGAUUGGAAGAUGCUUUCGGCAAAAAGCGGACGCAAACUUUUAACUAUUCGGAAGAACAGCGCCGCAUUGAUCCUGAUCACAUUAUAGCGCUGGUGGUGGAAGUGAUUCCCAGCAGUUCCUGUUUGGUUUUCUGCUCUACCAAGCGCCAGUGCGAGCAACUGUGUGCCUUGCUGACCGAGUAUUUACCGGAAGAGCUGCUGACAUAUAAACAAAAAGAAAAAGAAGAGUUGAUAAACAGCCUGAAGAGGGACGGUUCGACUGCCGCCCUGCUGCCAACAGCGUUCCAGUUCGGCAUUGCCUACCACCACUCCGGUUUAACGUUCGACGAGCGGAAGCACAUCGAAGACGCUUACCGCGCGGGGAUAAUAUCGCUUAUAAUCUGCACAUCGACGCUGGCCGCCGGAGUGAAUCUACCCGCAAAAAGAGUCAUCAUUCGGUCGCCUUUCAUUGCUACCAACUUCCUGACGUUAAGUCGGUACAAGCAGAUGGUUGGUCGUGCCGGACGAGCCGGACUUGGGGAGCCGGGUGAUAGUAUUUUAAUCUGCUCGCCAAAAGAUAUCACUGCCGUGUGCAACCUGCUGUGUUCGCCAAUGGAUGAAGCGAUUUCGUCGCUGCACAUCGACGAGGGUGUUUAUUUGAAAAAUUUCAUCCUAAGCGCGGUGGGCUUGGGAAUCUGUUCGUCGCGUAACGACAUUCAGCGGAUUGUAACGAAGACUUUGUUGGCUAUACAAGCGGAACGACUGGAAAUAAAUAUACGGAAGAUGACGGAUCGUGCAAUACUUUCGCUUUACAAAGAAAACGCAAUAAAGGCCAAAAGUGAUGGUUGUUUACGGAAUCCGGCCAAUAUGACCAUCCGCAUAGAUGGAACCGAGGACGACAAUCUGUAUGAUUUCCGUUCAACCGGUGUGAAUGAAAUCGGAGCUUUGAAUGUUGCUCGGGGGGCUGAGGGAUCCUCUCAGGAAGGUAAACUAGUCAAAACGGUUAACAAAAACGCUAGAUUAGAGGUGAAUCGUCUAGGAAAGGCUGCCAUACGGUCUGGCUUCCAUAUGGAAAAAGCGACGAAGUUUUACGAUGAAUUAAAACGGGUUGGCGAGCGGUUGUACGUUCUGGACGAUUUGCAUUUGCUGUACGUGAUAGUGAUGGAGGACGGUUCCGAAAUCCGUCCCAGCGACUCUGACUAUGUAACGUUUUUCAACCAACUUUCCCUGGAGGAAACUAAAAUUGCGAAACGAUUUCACAUCGGAGACUUCACGAUAUCGAAGAUACUCAGCAAGAGACUGGUGCCGCCGGAAACACUCCCGACCGUCCGUCGCUACUACCGCGUUCUGAUAGUUAACGAACUUUUAAACUUAACAGCACCACAACAGGUAGCACUUAAGUUCAAAGUAGAUGCCGGCUCCAUACAGACGCUGAUGACCAAUGUUGCCUCCACGGCAUCCGGGCUACAGCGAAUGUGCGAAGAAUUGCCGGAGUUGAAAGCUUUCCAGCAGCUACUGAUGCCGCUGGUGCAGCGGCUUUCACACUGCUGUACAGCUGAACUGAUCCCGUUGAUGGAAUUGCCUGGAGUCAAACUUGCACGCGCAAGACAGCUGCAUCGGGCUGGUUUCACUUCCCUGGUUUCGAUUGCUAAUGCGAAGUCACGGAAUUUGGUGGAAUCUGUCGAACAUAUGAAUUAUCGUGCAGCAAACCAAUUGAUUUUGAGUGCAAAGGAAUAUCUGAUAUUGUUAACUAUAACAAAUCACUUUUGAACGUGAGAAACGUAAAUUUACCUCUCGUAAGACGAGGUGCCUGGGCUGGAUAUUUCCUCAAAGUGUUUGGUCUCUCUGCUCUAUAACGCUACAAGACUUAUCAAGGUGCCUUUAGUUUUUUAAACACUCUUCCUUUAUUUUGCAGGCCAAACUAAUGGAAGAACUCGAAGUACUAAAGGACAAGAUGGAAGAGCUAGCAGCGCUUCGGGAUACGUAGAAUAGAAUCCGAGUAUCGGUCACUCAACUGUUAAAAGUAGGAGUAGUACAAUUAUACAGAUCGUUUUGUUUUUAAGGGUUAUGAUAUGUUGAUGCUUUUUUGUUAAUAGAAAUCGUUACGACAGGACUGUACUAACAAUGUGUGAUCAAUUUAUUUUACAUAGUAGCGUAAUGCUUAUUCUACAAAAGUUUAUUUUUCUAUUAUUGAAAUAUAAAUAUUAAUUAUUUUUGUUUUGUUAGUUGACAAUUGAUUCUAAAUACGCAAUUGACGAAAUAAAUAUGCAAU